AUGCCCGACUAUCCUCGUAUGGACCCAUACCGCAAGGCCAGAUAUGACCAGGGCGUCGAUGCGAAGAUAGUUAUCAUGGGCAACACAGGCGUUGGCAAGACCAGCCUUCUUCACCGGUACACCCAGGGCAAGUUCGAUCCCAAGAACACCACCUCUACUACCGGCGCCUUCUUCGUGACCAAGAAAGUGAGUGUGGACGGGACCAAGGUCAGGCUGCAGCUGUGGGACACCGCGGGCCAGGAGCGAUUUCGGAGCAUGGCACCCAUGUACUACCGCGGCGCGAACGCUGCCCUGUUGUUGUACGAUAUCACGAACGCGUCCAGCUUUGAGGACGUGCGCGGCUGGCUAGAAGAGCUCAAGAAGAACUGUUCUCCGGACCUGAUUAUCUAUAUCGUCGGCGCGAAAGCCGACCUGCACCAGCAUCGCCAAGUGACAUCCGACCUCGCUCGGCUCUCCUUGCACACAUGGUUUCCACCACCGCGGCCGCCAACGCCUCCCCCGCCCCCCGCAACUCCGUCAACGUUCUCUUACAUCCGCCCUCGUUUCACCUCAUUUACGAGUAUUCGAUCGGUCCCAGCACUGACAUCCCCGAAGCCGACCUCCCCACCUCCCGAACUGGAAAGCUCCUAUAACGACCCAAGGUCGACCGCGAUCAAGCGCUCCAACACCUCCGCUUACACUCGGCCCCGCGCGAAGAGCGGAGAUCUGCUGCUGCCUCGAUCCAACUCUACCAAUGGUGGUGGCGCACGACCGACGCCAUCCCGGCUGGCAUAUCGACCGGCGUGGAACGAGCCUGGGGACGGGAGCAGCAAUAGCGUCCCAGAAGACGAGGACGAGGCGGUUGACGACGAGGAAGAGUGGGGCCUACGCAAAGGGAUGGAACUCUUCGAGGUCUCGGCCAAGGAUGACUACGGUAUCCAGCACCUAUUCGACUGCCUCAUCGACGCGAUAAUCCAGAAAAAGGACAUGAUCGAGCAGGAGAAUGAGAUUAAACGGCGCGAUAGCGUGUUCCUCUCCAGCAGCUCGACACCAGUCUGGGCAGCGCAGGCCGACCAAGAGGAGGCCCGCGAAAAGGCUCAAAAGGCCACUGGCUCCUCCUGGAGCUGUUGUUCGACAUAG